GCAGGUCACGCAGAGUGUUUCAGUAUUGCCUCUGUGCAUGUGUUUGUGUUUCCCCUCAGUCUCUGCACUCGAAGUCUGUUCAUACUAAGCAUUUUGAGCUACAGGAUGACCCGUUGGGCCCUUCUUGCUCCCUUCCUGCUCCUGCUGGGCCUGUUUAUCCACAGUGCUGUCAGUCAAGAGGCUGAGGAGGACCCAGCUACAGCAGCAGCAGCAGCACCACCACCACAAGGCCAGGCCUCUGAUGGCACGCAGGCGGAGGACGAGAACCAAGAGUGGGGACUAAACUCCCUCAGAGACAGCUUUGAGUCAGUCGGCGGCUACUUUGACUCGAUGCUGGAGUUCAUGGGCGGACGUGAUGGAGUGUGCCAAUACCGCUGUCGAUAUGGUAAAGCUCCUCUUCCUCGUGCUGGCUACCAGAUGCCAGAACCUGAUGGAUGUAGCUCUUACUUCUUUGGUCUUCCUGUUCCAGAUGGGAUGGACAUCGGCAUCCCUGCUAUGACCAAGUGUUGCAAUCAGCUGGAUAUGUGUUACGACACCUGCGGCUCCAACAAGUACCGCUGCGACUCCAAGUUCCGCUGGUGCCUCCACAGCAUCUGCUCUGACCUCAAGAAGAGCCUUGGCUUUGUGUCAAAAGUUGAAGCAUGUGAAACGGUAGCUGACACCUUGUUCAACACGGUGUGGACUCUGGGCUGCAGACCCUACAUGAACAGCCAGAGAGCAGCGUGCUACUGUCAAGGAGAGGAGAAAGAUGAACUUUAGAAUAAAACACAAACCACUCUCUAUUUAUAACAGUAUCAACUUGAGCAACAUACCAAAUGAUGAGGCUCUGAGUUACGGUGUUGCAAAGACUGCUGUGUGACUACUCGAGUUACCUAUUUGGAAGCUCUUGUUGUGCUUUUGCUCAAAGUCACUAUUGUACUUUGCAACAAAAUGUAGGUUAUUGUUAAAAGUUCAACACUGUGUUGCAAGCCAAAAGUGUAUUUGUUAGUUUCUAGAGGUGCAUCAAUGCCAUCAGUAUAAUACAGAUGGAAAUAGCAUAUUACAUAAGAAAAGCUAUAGAUAGCCUCUUGUGCUGUGUGUCAUAUGUGUAACAUGUCAUAGUUCACUAUAUGAAUAAAUGUUAUUGACAAAUACA